GAGAAACAGAAUGAAGAGCAGCGAAACGUGUGAAAAGGAGCGGAAAAUGAUCAGCAAAAAUGGCCGGAGGUAGUACUCCAAGUUUGACUCCUCCUCCUCCUCCUCCUCCCACGUCCAAGAUCUUAGUCUGCCUCCUUUGACCUUUCAUGGAGGCAAAUAGUUUCGAAUCCCACUAAAGCAUAAAGAGGCGUGGAGAUUAGGCCUGCCAUCCUCCUACUUUCCUCUUACUCUCUUCACUCUCAAUCUUCUCCCCUGCUUCUGCGCAUGAUGGAUAACACAGUUCCUACUUCGUUGGAGAUCAGCCAUGGAGGAGCACAGAAUGGUUCUGCUGGUGGUGGAGAGCCUGUGUUGAAAUCAAGGAUGAGCAGGCUGUCAAGCAGGACUCUGGAGGAAUUCAAGAAGCUGGGGUACAUAGCAGGGCCUGCAAUCCUCACAUCCAUCUUCCAAUUCUCCAUUGGCCUUGUCACCGUCGCCUUCGUCGGCCAUCUCGGAAAGGUUGAGCUCGCCGCCGUCACCAUCGCCUCCAACGUCAUCGAAGGCUUUGCUUUUGGGGUUCUGCUUGGGAUGGGCAGCGCACUUGAGACUCUCUGUGGACAAGCUUUUGGAGCUGGACAGUUUGAUAUGCUUGGAGUUUAUAUGCAAAGAUCAUGGGUUAUAACAUUAGUAACUGCAUUGAUGAUCUCGCCAUUAUACAUUUUCACUUCUCCACUCCUGAAAGCCCUUCAUCAGUCUCAUGACAUAGCUGAGAUGGCUGGAAAAUACUCCAUCUGGGUCAUUCCUCAAUUGUUUGCAUAUGCUUUCAACUUCCCUAUGCAGAAGUUUUGCCAGUCUCAAAGCAGAGUGAUAGUCAUUACUGUGAUUGCUGGGGCUGGUUUGGGCUUGCAUGCCCUGUUGAACUGGAUUUUUCUGUCAAAACUUCACUAUGGGUUAGUUGGAGCAGCAGUUGUAGGGAACAUUACAUGGUGGAUCAUAAAUGCUGCUCAGAUAAUCUAUCUUCUAUCUGGAAAAUUCCCUGAUGCAUGGACUGGGUUUUCUUGGAAGGCAUUUCACUCUUUGGGUUCUUUUAUAAAGCUAUCAUUGGCAUCUGCUGUAAUGUUAUGCUUGGAGCUUUGGUACUUUACUGCAGUCCUGAUUUUGGUUGGUCUGCUCAAGAACCCAGAGCUUGCAGUGGAUGCCAUUUCCAUUUGCAUGAACUUGGAGAUGUGGACUUUGAUGAUAGCUUUGGGGUUCAAUGCAGCUAUCAGUGUGCGGGUCUCAAAUGAACUUGGUGCCUUGCGUCCUAAAGCCGCUAAGUUUUCUGUAAAAGUGGCCACUUUAUCAUCUCUGUCCAUUGGAGUUGUUUUUAUGAUUGUAGUUGUCAGCACAAAACAACUGUUCCCUAGGAUAUUCACCUCAGAAGCUGAUGUUAUAAAAGAGACAGCCAAGCUGGCAAACCUCCUAUCCUUAACAAUGGUUCUCAAUAGCGUUCAACCUGUUCUUUCAGGUGUAGCUGUCGGGGCAGGUUGGCAGUCCUUAAUUGCAUACAUCAAUAUAGGAUGCUAUUAUCUUUUUGGUUUGCCUGUUGGUGCCUUACUGGGUUUCAAGUUCAAGUUUGGCGUGAUGGGUAUCUGGUCUGGAAUGUUGGCAGGAUGUUUGUUGCAGACUGUAAUUCUGGUAACAAUUACCAUUCGUACUAACUGGCAGAAAGAGGCACUGCGAGCUGAAGAGCACAUCAGAACAUGGGGAGGAUCAGCGCAGCCCCAAGGGGAGGCUGCUUCAUAACAUGUGGACGUCUUGUAAAGCUUCGACGAGUGUAAAUUACACGGUGAAAAUUUUUUCCAGGAGCAGAGAUUUUUUUUUUUUUUUUUUACGUUCUACUGAAAUUAUAGGGACAACUUGAAAUAGAUUAUUUGUAUUCAACAGUUUCGUGGUUCACACCGGAGCUGCUGUAUAAAUAAAACAGUGCAAGGGAAGGGAUGACAUAAUAUAUACAUAUUCUGUUGCUGCAAUUAA